CUCUCCUUGCCAACAUCAUGAUCAAUGGCAUGGCCAGAAACCUUGAUGAAAUCUCGAGCUGUGAGAAGCCUGCUCCAUUCUAUCACGAGCGCCCAUCAAUGGCAUUAUCCACAAAUAGAAAUUGAAAGCGGAACAACUAUCUCCUUGCAGCAACUGUGAGUCUACUUAGCGCCGAGUGAAGCGAAGGCGACGUUGCGAUCAUUGGACCCGGUUGUUCACUUCUCUUCAAUAGGAAGUGCCGCUGUACGAUCUUCUCAUUGAUCCUGGAGAAUGUAGCAGGAGCUUUGGGGCCUUGUAAGUGAUCCCUCUGGCUGCACAGCUAAGCUACCAGCAGCUCCCACCGCCCAACCUUUGCUGAUCAGCAACACACACAAGUGUUGACGGAUAGCCCAAUUGCCCUCCACUACCUACACCAGUCAUGAAAAUGCGUCUUGAGCAGAAGUGAACAUGCCCCUUCCGGACUGGUUGACACAAGUACAGGAGCGAGUGGCGCAGUUCCAGGCGGAGCAGCGGCCAUGGCCCUGGCGGGACCACCUGAAGCGGCCCUUCUCUAUGUGGGGCAAGAAGAAAGAGGAGGAGAAGACCGGCCAGCAGCUGCGGACGGAGCGGAUGCAGAAGCUAGCUGCGAGCGUGCGCGCGGAGAGCGUAGACGACCUGCGGGACAUCCUGUCGGCGAUGGUCCUCUCAGAGUGCGCCUACAAGAGGCCGGUCUCAGACAUGCUUCGGCACCUCCAUCGGUUCCGGAACGAUUUUGGGAGCGACUUGGUCUGCCUCAAGCGGGUGCAGGUUUCCCUGGAGCACGCACCUCACAGGUACCUGCUGGCGGAGGCUGGAGACACCCUCUUCGCUUCGUUCAUUGGGACAAAGCAGGCACGGGACUUUCUGGCAGACGCCAACUUUCUUCAAGACGCUCUAUUUGAGGGCGAUGAGGACCUCGACGACUUUGACGCGGACCUAGAAGCCAGGGGGGCCAGCGCAGGGCCAAGCCUUCCCCCCCGCAAGAGGAGGAAACGAGGCUCGAAGCCCCUGGUACAUCGAGGCUUUCUCGCUCGAGCCCGGGGCAUUCCUGCUGUUGACAUCUACCGGCUCGCCCGUCGAACGAACCGCCGCCUCGUCCUGUGCGGGCACUCCCUCGGUGGCGCGGUCGCGGUGCUUGUGACAGUGGCGAUCUUGAAAGCUGCGGCGCUAACAAAGCCGGGCCAGCGGCGGGUUCCCGUAAAGUGCAUCACAUUUUCGCAGCCGCCUGUGGGGAACGCCGCACUGAAGGACUACGUCCACCAGCGCGGCUGGCAGCACCACUUCCGCAGCUUCUGCAUCCCGGAGGACAUCAUCCCCCGCAUCCUGUCCCCUGCUUACUUCCAACACUACAGCCUCCAAGCAGAAGAGCUGGCAGCUCAAGCGGCCAUGCUGGUGAGCACCUCGUUCCCGGGGGGCCAGGACACCAGGAAAACGGGACCCCCUCUGUGGGGCGCGCUCCAGAGGGGGUUCUGGAGGGUGCCGAAGCUUGCCCCCCUGGUAGGGAAUUCUAGGGACGCAGCGGCAGCCUGGGUGAAGCGGAAGCGGGGGGAGGAGACGGGAGCAGUUCCAAACAAGGGGACCAAGUUUGCCUCACUUAGCGACCCCUCGGGACGGGAGAAGAUUCCUUCGGCGGAGAUUAUAGUUCAGGAUCCUACUGCAGAGAGCUUGGUCACAGCAAGUGCGAUCGGCGCACCGGACGUCGCAUCAACUGCGCAGAGUGUACAUAACCAAUCUGUAAAUACGAACUCGGAUUUAGCGUCGGCCUUGUACAAAGGUGGUAACUUAGGAGACAGCAACACGGUUCCCUCACAACGAGACCGUGACGAGACUCCCUUACAGCGAGUAGGAAGCAGCCAACCGGUGCAGCUCGCACGGGGGAUGUGGAGCAGAGUACAGGCAGGGGCCGGGCGGCAGCUCGGUCGAGCUGGGCAGUCAAACCUCCUCCCAUUCUGCAACGUGGGGGUCGAUGCGCCCCCGCAAACUGGCCCCGCCGAGGCCCCCGAAAUGGUCAAGAGCGCCCCGGCAGAAGCUAGGAUAGUACCGAGCACGCAACAGCCCACGGACAGCUUAAACACGGACGGUUCUGCUGCCCGCGAAAUCCGGAACCCGAAUCCUCAAACCCUGGUUGUGGAGCCGGAUCAACCUGGGCCGGGACCGCUCGGAUGGGGGUGGGGGUGGGCGGAGCAGAUCCGGGACCGGAUGCCCGCCGUGAUGACGUCAAUGCCCAGCAUGCCGUCCGUCUCCAUGCCAUCCGUCUCGAUACCGUCCGUUCCGAUCCCGAGCGUGCCGAUGCCGUCGUACGUGCCGUUCGGACACCUCUACCUGCUGAUGCCGACGCACGCGGAGCACAUUGGUUCUGGAGAGUACCAGCAGCUAAUUGCGGCGGGCAUGCGUGGCUGGAUGGCGGAAGUCCAGAAGCGCUUCCACAGCCACACCAUGGCGCAGUACCGCGCGCGAUUCCACGCCAUGUACUCGCUCGCCAUGGCCGAGGGAUCCCCCUUUCCAGCCGCCGUCCUCGGGCAGCACGCGCUGCCCUGGUCGGCGCCCAUCGACUUCGACGACAUCGAGCUCGGACAGAUUGCGGAGCCGACCGUGGUCCGCACGGCGACCAGCGUAGUGCCCCUCAAGUGGGCGGGGUCGCCGGGCCAGAACGGCGCGGGCCCGAUCAAGGUGGACGUCCACGGGCAGGGGCUGCACGCGGUAACUAGAGUGGAGGCACAAGUGGACGGGCAGUGGUGCGCCGCCAGCAUUGAGCGGAUGUUGGCUGCCCCACCGGUCUGGGAGGACGCGUUCUCGGAGCAGGCACCGCAGGAGAGUAUACGCGUUCACAUCGGGCCCCCUCUUCGCAACCAAGGCCGGGGCGACCGCAACCUCCCCCCCAACUCCGACCCGGGCCCCGCUCAAGCCGGCGACGCCCAGCCCACAGACCAGCAAACCGACAUCCCAGCCUCUGACGAGGCCCCCGAGCCGCGCUGGGCGCUCUGGCGGCGGAGCUUUAGGCUUCCCCCCCUGCCGUGGCGCCCCGGGGGGACGCCUAUACCUUCCCUGGAGGAGGCCCUGUCGCAGGAGGAGUUCCGGGGGUGGUACGACGAGGGCCCGACGGGCGAGGUCGUCGUUCACUGCAGCAGCGAUUUUGACACGAGCAGCAAAAGCGUGGCGAUGCGGUUACGGCGCGUGCGGUUGAUCGGGCUGGAAGGCGCGGGGAAGACUUCGCUUUGGUCGGCGCUGAUGGGCCAACAGGGGGAGCCGUCGCUGUGGGACGAUCUAGGGGUGGUGCCGGAUCUAGAGUGGCGGGAAGGGGUUGCCGAGGGCGUGGGUUACGUGGACGGUGUCGGGGUUAACCUGCAGGACCUACCCGGGGACGCCCAGACCUUGAACCGUGAGCUGCAUCCCCACGCGGGGCCUCUGGGCCGGCGAGUCGACGCAGUCGUCCUCGUCCACAACCUGGCCAGCAAGAUUCCGCAGCUGCGGGGGCCGCGCGGGAAGCCGCUCGACAAGCCCGCGCUCUCGCUGCUCCUCGACGAGGUGCGCUCCUCGGGUGUACCGCUCAUCCUGGCAGUCACGAACAAGUUUGCCAGCAGCGCGGAGCGGCGCUACCCGGCCGCGGCCUCGGUCAUGGAGGCCUACCACAUCCCCCCGAGCCACGUGGCAAUCGUCAAUUCGCGGCCGUACGUCGUGCAGGGGGCUCUGCACCCAGCAGACCGGGCCAAGCUGGUCCCACCUGCUGCGGCGGUCUCGGGAAGGGGGGACGGCAAGGAGACCGAACGGAAUGAAAGAGCGGAAGGCGCCAGGGGGAGCGCCGAGGCGAAGUCUGAAGGAGGGGAGGAUGUCAGCCGAGGAGAGAGUAAGCCAGAGGCGGGGCCGACUCGACCUCCGGGGGAGGGUUUGAAUAGCUCAAAAGCGCCCAUCGCGUCGAUCUCGGAGAGUUUGUCGAGUUUAGGAGCGGGUCGACUGAGCACGAUGGAGCUUCCAAACUUUGCGGGCUCCGGGGGCACGUUUCAGGGGGCGGCGUCGUUUGUGGCGGCCGCCCCCCGCAGCCUGAACCCGUUCCGGCGGAAGGAGCUGGUACUGCCGGUGGAGGGAGUGCGCGAGCUGCGCGACCUCGUGCACAGCGCGCUGGAGAUGAACGAGGAACAGGCGCUCAGGGAGACACUGGAAGCUGCCCUCAUGAGAGAGCGGUCCAUGCUGGCCGCUCACAACACGGCAUUGGCGAACCACAAGAAGCGUCUUGGUCCAGGCACCUUUGUUGGAGCCGCCAUGAGCGCGGGGGUAGCUUUGGUCGUGGCCACCUUUUUUGGGAGUCGUUCCGCACCCCGAUGAUGAAGAGGUGGCUUGCAACGAAAAAUCAAGCGACAUGAUGGCCUUCUGUGCUUUCUCAUUCUGCCGCUGUUGUUAUCAAGCAUGGUAUGCAUUCAACGUCUAGAGC